ACCGGGAAGUGGACUGCUGAGCGAAAGUCAGCGGCGCAGAGUACCCAUUCGCUGCCGUUCCUCAGGGACCUCCACCGUGGGGAGUCGCGUGUGCAGACCUGGGUGUCGGCGGGGACGCGAAAACUCCGCGGAGCUACAGUCGCCGCGGGGCGGCCUGGGAAAGUCAGCGGCUCAGUGGCGGGAACCGCAGCCCGGCGGCCCUGGAACCUCCCAGCCACUGUUGAAACUGGACUUCUCCCAGCAGGAGGAGCAAUGCCUGAAGCCUGCUGAGAGGCCUUUGUACUGGUACUGGAUGCCACAGAAUUGCAGAGGGCUUGCUGGUUACCCAGACCUGCUCACCCCUGCAGCAGAACAAGGAGACCUGGAAGGAGACAGGAGACAGUAGCUAAGGAUCCAGGGCAGCAAGCCAUCUACUCUUUGUUCCUGAAAGAGAAACUAAAAAAAAGAGAAACAGAAAGAAAUGGCUGAUUCUCCAAUAAAUGUGCCCCAGGGUCUGUUUACAUUCCGGGAUGUGAAUGUGAACAUCUCCCAGGAGCAAAAGGAAUGCCUGGAUACUGCUCAGAGGAAUUUGUACAUUGAUGUGAUGUUGGAGAAUAACAACAACCUGGUCUCUGUGGAGAACUAUGGUAUGUGUGACACUGUCCCCCAGCAUGUGAAGACUGAUAAGGAGUCUCAUCAGUGUAAUAAGCUUGGCAAAAUGCUUCAUGACCCCUCCACAUGUGCACUUUAUAGGACAAGUGAAACUGCAGAAAACUCUAAUAACUAUAGAUGCUGUAAUAACAGGGAUGCCUCUGUUGACUCAUCAAACCCAGAUAGACAUGACAGCAUGAACGCUGGAGAAGAACCUUGCAAAUCUAGAGACUGUGAGAAAUCUUUAAAUUUGUGUUCCAACAUUACUCAAGAUCACAGAGUCUAUACUGCAAAGAAAGAAAACAAGCAGGGAGAAUAUGGUGACUGUUUCAGCUCUGCUUACAGUCCUGUGCAGCAAACAAUCUAUAUCAGAGAGAAACCAUUCCUGUGUGAGGAAUGUGGGAAAUGCUUCAAUACUGCUUCAAACCUCAGUGUACAUCGGAGAAUUCAUACUGGAAAGAAACCCUAUAAGUGCAAUAUUUGUGAAAAAUCCUUUGCCCGGUGCUCAAAUUUUAAAAUUCAUCAAAGACUUCAUACUGAGGAGAAACCCUACAAAUGCAGAGAAUGUGGAAAAUCAUUUCGUCAGUUCACAGGACUUAAUAACCACCAGAAAUUGCAUACUGGAGAGAAACCUUACAAAUGCAAAAAAUAUGGAAAGUCCUUUAUUGGAAAGUCAAAUCUUAAAGGGUAUUACAGAAUCCACACUGGAGAGAAUCCUUAUAAGUGUGAGGUCUCACUGAUCACCCAAACCUGGCCACCCAUGGAACAGAACAAAAAACCCAGAAAAGUGGAGCGGGAUGUGUCUAAGGAUCUUGGGCAGCAAGCCUAUUCAGCAAGCCAUCUAUUGUUCCUGAAAGAGAAACUCAAAGAGGAGAAACAAGAAAUGGUUGAUACUCCAGGACAUGUGUUCCAGAAUCUGUUGACAUUCUGUGAUGUAGCUGUCAACUUCUCCCAGGAGGAGUGGGAAUGCCUGGACUCUGCUCAGAGGGCUUUGUAUGUUGAUGUGAUGUUGGAGAAUUAUAACAACCUGAUCUCUGUGGAGAACUAUUGGAUAUGUGAUCCUGUCUAUCAGUAUGUGAAGAGUGAAAAGGAUUCUUGUCAGUGUUGUAAUGACCUUGUCAAAAUGCUUCAUGACCAUUCCAAAUAUGCACUUUAUAAAACAAGAGAAGCUACAGAAAACUCUAAUAUCUACAGAUACAGCAAUCACGGGAAUGCCAUUAUGAACUCAUCAAACCUAGAUAGACAUGAAAGCAUGCACAGAGAAGAACCUUGUAAAUCUAAAAACUAUGAGGAGUCUUUAAAUUUAUGUUCCAACAUUUCUCAAGAUGAGAGACUGUACACUGCAAAGAGAGAAAACAGACAGGGAGAAUCUGGUGACAAUUUCAACUCGGCAUAUAAUCUUUUGCCCCAAACAAUCUACAUAGGGAAAAAACUACACCAGUGUGGGCAAUGUGGUAAAUUCUUCAAUUUCCCCUCAAACCUUGUUAUACAUGAGAGAAUUCAUACUGGAGAGAAACCCUACAAGUGCAAUGUUUGUGGCAAAUCCUUUACCAAUUGCUCAAGUCUUGAAAGACAUCAGAGAGUUCAUACUGGAGAAAAGCCUUACAAAUGUGAGGUAUGUGACAAAUCCUUUACGGUGAUCUCAAAUCUUAGAGCACAUCAGAAAACACAUACUGGGGAGAAACCAUACAAAUGUAGAGUAUGUGACAAAUCCUUUACCCAGAGUUCACAUCUUAAAAGACAUCAGAGAGUUCAUACUGGAGAGAAACCUUACAAAUGCAAAGAAUGUGACAGAUCAUUUUGUAAGAGCUCAACUCUUCAAGCACAUCUGAAAAAUCAUACUAGGGAGAAAACUUACAGAUGCAAAACCUGUGACAUAUUUUUUACCCGGUAUUCAAAUCUGAAAAUACAUCAAAGAAUUCAUCCUAAAGAGAGAACUUACUUUUGUAAGGAAUGUUGCAAAUAUUUUACUAGCAACUCAUAUCUUAAAGUACAUCAGAAAAUUCACACUGGAGAGAAAUCUUACAAAUGCAAACACUGUGACAAGUCCUUCACCCAGUGUUCAACUCUUAGAACACAUUAUAGAGUUCAUACUCGAGAAAGAAAGCAUGUGUAAGGAAUGUUAGGUUUGUUUUACUGAGUGUUCAAUACUUCAAACACAUCAGAAGAUUCAUACUGAAGGGAAAAAUAUUGUUGUAAAGAUGAUGACAUAGCAUUUAUAUGGCAUUACAAAUCACAACAGUAUACAUGAUGGAAACAUAAAGGUAAAAUUGUGAAAGCCUUGAAAGAAUCUUAAAAUCUUAGGAAAAUAUUAAAGAGUUUAUAUUAAAUUAAAAUUCUACAAUUCUGUGUGAAAAGCUUUUAAAAAAUGUCUGGGUAUUUUCACUGCCUGUAUGUCUGUACCUUGUAUAUAUGCUCCUGCCUGUGGAGGCCAAAAGAAGGUAUCAGAUCCACUGAAGCUUGAGUUAUAGGUAGUUGUGGUUUGUAUGUGUGUUAGCAGUUGAAGCUUGGUUCCUUGGAAUGGCAGACUGUGCACUUAACCAUUAAGCUAUCUGUCCAACCACCUGGGGAAAGCUUUAAUUAAAACAUUUACCUUGCUCAAUAUCCUAAAUUUCAUGAUAAUACCAUCCAUAGUUGCAGUGGUUUGAAAGAAAAUGGUUACUAACGGGAGCAGCACAGUUAGGAGAUGUAGCUUUGUUGGAGUAGCAUUGGCCUUGUUAGAUCUCAUAUAUGCUCAAGAUACCACCCAGUGUCUUAGUCCACUUCCUGUUGCCUUGGAUCAAGAUGUAAUGACUAAACCCCAGCACUGGGAAGGCCGAGCCAGGCAGAUCUCUUGUUUGAGGCCAGCCUUUUCUACAAAGCAGGUUCUAGAACAACCAGCCUUGGGCAAUAAAGGAAAUUGUUGAAAGCAAAGCUGGUGAAGGGGCCAUUUCCAGUCCCAGUAAGCAAGGGAACUCAGCAGCUUUGACCUCAUAAUUCUGACUUCAAGGGUAGAAGAAAUGUGUGUGGAACCUUCCUCCUUGAGUAACAAAACUCACUAAGGCCACACAUGUGUCCAGGGUGUGCUGAAUAGAGGCCCAGAGAGGAUAUUGUAUGAAACUGAAGGAGAAGCCUGUAUUUCCUUGGAGACUCCAAGAUGUUAGAGAUGCCAGAGUCAUGAGAUGUCUGUUGAAGAAAGCUGCUAACAAGGAGUGGAACCAUCCCAUGAGAAAGAUGUGUGUUGCAGUCAACACAAUUGAAGAGAGUUGGAGCUCUGAAGAACAUUUUGACAUCAGACAUGGAAAUACAGUUUGGAAUACCUGACGGGUUUUUGGACUUGUUUUGGUCCAGUAUUUCUACAAUUUCUUCCCUGUGUUUUGGAAUGGUAAUGAGUACCCUGUGCCAUUAUAUGUUGGAAGUAUGUGUUUUGGGUUUUUUGGGUUUUUUUUUUUUUGUUUGUUGUUUUUUUUUAACAGUGAAAGUGAUUACAUGACUCAGAAGAGACUGGACUUUUAAAUGUUUAGACUGUGAUAGAGUGGGAUCUUUUGCAUUUGGACUGAAUACAUUUUUGCAUUAUGAUAUAGUUACAUGCCUUUUGGGGCUAGGCAGUCAAAUUCGGUGGUUUGAAAGGAAAUGUCCCCCAUAGGGAGUGUGAUUUUAAGGAGAUAUAGUUUUGUUGGGGUGAUUGUGGCCUUGUUGGAGGUAGGGUGUCACUGUGGAUACAGGCUUUGAGUUGUCAUCUGCAAGCUAUUCUCAUUGAGAUGGUUUACUUCCUGUUGCCUUUGGUUUGUUUAAAAUUAAAAACAACUGCCUUCACUUUUCCAUUUAAUUAAACAAUGUUAACCUCAGCUAGAGGUUAACUUUUGGGUAGUUUUUCCUCAAUAACAUUGUGAAUUACACAUCAUAAACUGUUUCCAUUGUUCUGAGAAUUGACUGACCAUAAGAUGUUUUGUGGUUUGUUAACUCUCUGACCAUAAACAUGUACCAUUCCCAUGAUCAUAAAAAUAACUGCAAAAUUCCACUCUUAAAUCACUUUCUUGCUUGAUACAAAGAAACUACUCUUGCCUUUAAUCUGGGCUGUUUUCAUUCUCCUAUUAUGGAAGACUGAAAAUAAGACCCGGCCAUUAAUAAAUUUUUGCCUUGCAAUGUCUUGGCGUUUGCUCCCAGAUUUUGACAAUAAAACAGGAUCAAAAUGUAAA